CUUAAGUGGGAGAUUUAGGUUCUAGAUAUAUUAAAUAAGUUGAGUGAUUCCUUAUUUAAAUACUAGAGUUUAACCCGAGUGAAGAUAAGUGUGUGUGAUUCCUCUUAUUAUUCACUUGAUAAAUGCUUCUUUCCCUCUCCUUUGUUCUCUCCUGAAUUCAGCCUCCCCUAUAUUUCUACAUCCUUCUCUUCUUCUUUCUCUUCUUAAGUUGAUAUCCUAGACUACCCCGGGUCUCAGGUACAACAUAUCACAUUUUUUAUUUUGGAGUUUGAGCAUCAGUUUGUUUUACUCUGCGCAUUAUUCGGUUUUGUGGAAUCAAUCCUCAGCUCGUCACAAGGUCAUGUGAUAGGAUUUUAAUCCAGUAAUAGAUGCUAUGUAAGCUCCAGCAUGAUUAUGAAGCUUUCUCUCGCUGUUAUAAUGCAUAUUGUAUCAAGGACAGCUACGGCUAUGGAUUCUUUUGUGGUCUUGCAGUCUUGCUCUCUCUCUCUCUCUCUCCUUUUCUCCCCCCUCACUUCCUGGCACUCAUCCCACUUGUGACAUACUAAAGUUGAAAAUAGAUAAGAUUUUUAUAUGUUUUGUUUGUUCUUCAAGAACUCAGGUUACUGCACAUAUAGGUUAUCGAAUAUCUGAUCCAGUUUGUUACUUUUGUCUGUCUAAUGCAUAUGUUCCAGCUUGUCUUUCAAAUUAUUUUUAGGACGAUUUAUUUAGUCGAGAUGAGAGAAUGCUUGAUGAAGGCUUUAAUCAAGGUCAACUGAAGAUUCCCAGUAAUUAUGAAACAAUGGAUGUUAAGAGGAUUAGCAAUUACAUGUCUAGUCCAGAGUUUGCAAGGAAUGUCCAAUUGAUAGGAAUACAGACAAUUCAUCAAGGGGGAAGGUCUGCUGUUGAGACAACAUCUAGUUCAAGCGAAGAAGAUGAUUCAAGUACUGAAAGUAGUUCUUUUGAGGAAUAAGAGACUAGCAGGUGAUUGUAGAAAUGUUUAACCGGCUCCUGAAUAGCCGUUGCAUGUGUACAGUGUCAGGCAGUCAUUAACU